ACAGCACGCGCAGGCCGGCGGCUCGGGGGCCUCGGGGCCCUAGGCAGGGCAAGUGCGAGAGGAACUGGUGGUGUCUACGCGGUGCUUGUAGAUUCUUCUGCGUGGAGCCAUGGGAGGCCUGGAGAAGAAGAAGUAUGAACGAGGCGCUGCUACCAACUACAUCACCCGAAACAAAGCCCGGAAGAAGCUGCAACUGAGCCUGGCCGACUUCAGGCGGCUGUGCAUCCUGAAGGGCAUUUAUCCCCAUGAACCCAAACACAAGAAGAAGGUCAACAAGGGCUCCACGGCAGCCCGAACCUUUUACCUUAUCAAAGACAUCAGAUUCCUCCUCCAUGAACCCAUUGUCAACAAGUUCCGGGAGUACAAGGUGUUCGUCCGGAAGCUGCGGAAGGCCUAUGGGAAGAGUGAGUGGAACACGGUGGAGCGGCUGAAGGACAACAAGCCCAACUACAAGCUCGACCACAUCGUCAAGGAGCGGUACCCCACGUUCAUAGAUGCCCUGCGGGACCUGGACGACGCCCUCUCCAUGUGCUUCCUCUUCUCCACCUUCCCACGGACCGGCAAGUGCCACGUGCACACCAUCCAGCUGUGCCACCGGCUGGCCGUGGAGUUCAUGCACUACGUCAUCGCCGCCCGUGCCCUGCGCAAGGUCUUCCUGUCCAUCAAAGGCAUUUACUACCAGGCCGAGGUGCUGGGCCAGCCCAUCGUGUGGAUCACGCCCUACACCUUCUCCCACGAUCACCCAACAGACGUGGACUACAGGGUCAUGGCCACCUUCACCGAGUUCUACACUACCCUGCUGGGGUUCGUCAACUUCCGCCUCUACCAGUCGCUUAACCUGCACUACCCUCCCAAGCUCGAGGGUCAGGCUCAUGCAGAAGUGAAGGCCAGCGAGGACACCUAUGCUUUGGACUCCGAGAGCUCUAUGGAGAAACUGGCCUCUCUCAGUGCCAGUCUGGCCCGUGUGGUGGUGCCUGCGGAGGAGGAGGAAGCCGAGGUGGAUGAGUUUCCUGCUGACGGGGAGAUGGUGGCGCAGGAGGACUGCAGGAAGGAGCUGGAGGCUCAGGAAAAGCACAAGAAGCUCUUUGAGGGCCUGAAGUUCUUCCUGAACCGUGAGGUGCCCCGGGAGGCCCUGGCCUUUGUCAUCAGGAGUUUUGGAGGGAACGUGUCCUGGGACAAAUCUCUGUGCAUUGGGGCCACAUACGACGUCACAGACUCUGGCAUCACCCACCAGAUUGUCGACCGGCCUGGGCAACAGACCCCCGUCAUCGGCAGGUACUACGUGCAGCCCCAGUGGGUGUUUGACUCCGUGAACGCCCGGCUCCUCCUCCCUGUGGCAGACUACUUUCCCGGGGUGCAGCUGCCUCCACACCUCUCGCCCUUCGUGUCAGAGAAGGAAGGUGAUUAUGUGCCCCCUGAGAAGCAGAAGUUGCUGGCCCUGCAGCGGGGAGAGCACCCAGGAAAUUUGAAUGAAUCUGAAGAGGAGGAUGAGGAGGAAGAUGAUGAAGGUGAUGGUGAUGAAGAGGGAGGAAAAGAAGAGGAGGAGGAAGAAGACAAGGAGGCUGGUUCGGAAAGGGAGGAAGAGGCCCGACUGACGGCCCCGGAGGAGCCGAGGCUGGAGGGGAAGAAGCCCAAGGUGAUGGUGGGCACAGUGAAGCUGGAGGAUAAGCAGCGGCUGGCCCAGGAGGAGGACAGUGAGGCCAAGCGCCUGGCCAUCAUGAUGAUGAAGAAGCGGGAGAAGUACCUUUACAACAAGAUCAUGUUUGGCAAGAGGCGAAAAAUCCGCGAGGCCAACAAACUGGUGGAAAAGCGGAAGGCCCACGAUAAGGCUGUAAGGUCUGAGAAGAAGGCCAAGAAGGCAAGGCCGGAGUGAGUGGUGGCAGCCUCGCCAUGGGUGAGGCCAGCUCCCGGAGGCUGGACUUGGCACAGGGACCCAGAGGGCCUGGGCUUGGUGACAGACCAGGGUCUUUUCUGUUUUCAUCCUUCUCCUCCCUCUGCCGGCCCUGGCCUCCUCUCAAGAUCUCUGGCUGGGCCCAUGGACAGCCCCAGCCUCGCUCGGAUGGAGCUCCCUGCUGGUGGCUGGGCAGAGAGGCCUCUGCCUCUCCUUGACCCCGCAAUGCUCCCGGGGGUCAAGCGACACAGGGGGCGGGACCCAACCAGCCCCUCACUGACUGUUCCCAUUCACCCUGGCUUUCUGCGUCCCCUCCCCCACACGUACGGUUGGACCCACGAUUUUCCCAGUGCUCUGAUGGGGGGUAGGGUGGGGAAGCAUUUGUUAUUAAAUGCUGGAGUUCUGCAGCCAGUUGAA